CCGGCGGGUUCGCGAAGGCUGCGCUCGGGACCCUCGGGGAAGGGGAGUCCUGUGGGGCUGAGUUGAGCUGCGCAGGACCGCAGAGGUGCCCUCAUUUGGCGUGUCGCCCGUGGGGUCCCCUGGGGUUGGGCCUCUGGGCCAGGCUGGCUGUGGUGGUCUUGUUGGGGGGUUUUGUUUUGUUUUGUUUUUCUUCUCUCCGGUGUCGGCCUGUGGAGUGCGCAGAGCCGUCCUUGGGCCGGCGGGAGGGCUCGGGCUUCUCCGGACGGUGGCCACGGGUGCCCGGGCACUCCGCGGGUGGGUCCCGGGCCAGAGCCCUGGAGCUAGCUGAAUCCCGUGCCCCGGCAGUCUUUGUGUGUGUGUUUGCAGUCAGGCUGCGUCUUGUACCGUUUUCCAGUUCCUAGAGUUUCUGCCUUCCACCAUCUUUCACCAGCGUUUGUUCUUUUCCUUUCUUUCUUUUUUCUUCCAGUCUCCGGACUAAUUCACAUCCCUGCUGUCUCAGAAUUGCCCUGACAGGUUUCCGGCAGCCCCACGCAGUCAGUCCUCCUCGUGUACUGUUUUCAUAUUUGGAUUCUGUCAUGGAAAAUCAAUUGGCAAAAUCCGUCGAAGAAAGAACAUUUCAGUAUCAGGAUUCUCUUCCAUCACUCCCCGUUCCUUCACUUGAAGAAUCACUUAAAAAAUACCUGGAAUCAGUAAAGCCUUUUGCAGAUGAAGAAGAAUAUAAGAAAACUGAAGAAAUAGUUAGAAUAUUUCAAAAUGGAAUUGGAGCAAAACUGCACCAGAAAUUACUUGAAAGGGCAAAAGGAAAAAGAAAUUGGCUGGAAGAGUGGUGGCUGAAUGUUGCCUACCUGGAUGUUCGUAUUCCAUCACAACUGAACGUCAACUUUGCCGGUCCUUCCCCGCAUUUUGAACACUUCUGGCCUCCAGAGGAAGGCACUCAUUUAGAAAGAGGAAGUAUCAUUCUUUGGCAUAACUUGAACUACUGGCAGCUAUUAAGAAAAGAAAAAGUGCCUGUUCAUAAAGUUGGAAACACUCCUCUAGAUAUGAAUCAAUUCCGAAUGCUGUUUUCAACCUGCAAGGUUCCAGGAGUUACUAGAGAUUCAAUUGUGAAUUAUUUUAGGACUGAGAGUGAAGGGCAUUGCCCAAGUCACCUGGCGGUGCUGUGUCGUGGCCGUGUUUUCGUGUUUGACGUCAUACAUGAAGGAGGUGUACUCACUCCGCCGGAGAUUCUCAGACAGCUGACACACAUCCACAGCAGGUGCCACAGUGAGCCCGAGGGACCUGGGGUAGCAGCGCUGACCAGCGAGGAGAGGACUCGCUGGGCCAAGGCUCGAGAAUAUUUGAUUGGUCUUGAUCCAAAGAACUUGACUUUGUUAGAAAAAAUUCAGAGCAGCUUGUUCGUAUAUUCCAUAGAGGAUAGCAGGCCACAUGUAACAUCAGAAGAUUUUUCCCAGAUAUUUACAGUACUUUUCAGUGGAGAUCCUGCAGUACGCUGGGGUGACAAGUCCUAUAAUUUGAUUUCCUUUUCUAAUGGAGUAUUUGGCUGUAAUUGUGACCAUGCGCCUUACGAUGCAAUGGUAAUGGUGAACAUCGCCCACUAUGUUGACGAGAAAAUUCUAGAGAAUGAAGGAAGGUGGAAGGGCUUGGAAAAAGUACAGGAUUUACCGCUUCCUGAGGAGCUCGUCUUCACAGUGGAUGAGAAGGUGCUAAGUGACAUCAGCCAAGCUAAAGCCCAGUAUCUCAAAGAGGCAUCUCAUCUGCAGAUUGUAUCGCGUGCCUUCACAUCAUUUGGCAAAAAGCUGACCAAGAAGAAGACACUUCACCCCGACACGUUCGUUCAGCUUGCACUGCAGCUGGCCUAUUACAGGCUACACGGACGCCCUGGUUGCUGUUAUGAAACAGCAAUGACGAGGUACUUCUAUCAUGGCCGUACAGAGACUAUGCGACCGUGUACUGUGGAAGCAGUCAGAUGGUGCCAGUCCAUGCAGGAUCCGUCUGCCAGUCUUCCUGAACGGCAGCAAAAGAUGUUGCAAGCAUUUGCAAAGCACAAUAAAAUGAUGAAAGAAUGCUCUGCUGGAAAAGGAUUUGACCGUCACCUGUUGGGACUUUUACUCACAGCGAAAGAGGAAGGUCUCCCGACUCCAGAACUCUACACAGACCCACUUUUUUCCCGAAGUGGAGGCGGUGGAAAUUUUAUCCUCUCGACCAGUCUGGUUGGCUAUUUACGAAUCCAGGGAGUGGUGGUGCCCAUGGUUCACAAUGGGUACGGCUUCUUCUACCACAUCCGAGACGACAGAUUUAUCGUGGCCUGUUCUGCGUGGAAAUCAUGCCCAGAGACAGAUGCAGAAAAACUGGUUCAGCUGACUUUUGAUGCAUUCCACGAUAUAAAUCAACUGACGAACACUGCUAAUCUCUAGAGACAAGCACUUGUCAGAUCCCGUCAGUGCAGGCGUUCAGGGUAGGUUGGUGAUGUGAGAUGGGAAGGGAUAUUGGCUUGAUAAAGGAAGCAUGUUAAAUAUAGAAAUAAAUGAAAUAAUGUUAAAUGUAUUCUGCCAUACAAGGUAGAAAUAUUUUUAUCUUCCUGUGAUGCAGCAGCAAUGCAAAUUAUGGUAGAAUAGUGAUUAUAGAACUAUGCAAUGUUGCAGAAAAGCCACAACAAUGCAAAUCUAGAGAUGUUAACAAUGUAAGUUUAACUUUGAUUUUUAAAUACUUCUGUUGGUACUUGUGUAGGUUAUAAGUGCUCUGUCACUGUAGUGUCUAUAUUUCAAGCACUUUAACAUUGUCUAAUUGCCAAAGUGUAUGAAAUACAUGACUGGACGGCAAAGCCUCUGAACCGGUGUCUUCCGUCUUCAGAGAUGUGCGCCCCAUAGGAUGGAUGGGAGAGACCACUCUGAUUUAAAAUAACUUGUUCGGCAGAAAGGCAAAUUUGCACUAACAUACAGUAAACAAAAAUUCUAAAAACUGAGGAAAUUCACUGAUAUGUUGCUGUAAUUUUAGCAGUAUAGCAAUUUUAAAUUGUUUUAGUUGGUGACUUCUAAAUAAUUCAGUGUUGAAGCAGAUUCUCAGGAUUUUCUAGUUUCUAUUCUCAGAAAAUAAAAUACUCAAAAUCA